AUUUUGUAUAUUACUACUCUUCCAUUGUACUGAGAGUUUACACAAGAAAUCAUAUACAUCCUGAUAAUCUCUCAAAAAAUAGAGUUGAGAAGAACAAAAAUGGAAGAGAGAAAAGGGAGGAGAAUAAUCAUGUUCCCUUUUCCGUUUCCGGGACACUUCAACCCAAUGAUCCAACUCGCCGGAAUAUUCCACCACCGUGGGUUCUCUGUAACGAUCCUCCACACAUCUUUUAACUUCCCCGAUCCUUCUCAACAUCCACACUUAACUUUUCGAGCCGUCCGUCACAACAACGUAGGAGAAGCAGAAGAUUCUUUGUCUCAGUCAGAAACUUCGAGUAUGGACCUCGUCUCUCUCAUUCGUCUGCUGAAACAAAAGUACACCGAACCGUUUCGUGAGUCUCUUGCGGCGGAAGUAGGCGGAGGAGAGACGGUGUGUUGUUUGGUCUCCGACGCUAUCUGGGGGAGGAACACGGAGGAUGCGGUGGAAGAGGUUGGAGUUCGUAAGGUUGUGUUGAGGACAGGUGGUGCGGCGUCGUUUUGUGCUUUUGCUGCUUUCCCUCUCCUUAGAGAUAAGGGCUACUUCCCUAUACAAGAUUCUAGAUUAGAUGAUCCAGUGAUAGAGCUUCCACCAUUGAAGGUGAAGGAUCUUCCCAUAAUAGAAACAAACGAGCCGGAGGAACUAUACCGAAUAAUAAACGACAUGGUGGAAGGAGCCAAGUCUUCAUCUGGAGUCAUAUGGAACACAUUUGAAGAUCUUGAAAGACUUCAACUCAUGGAUUUGAGCAGCAACUUCAAAGUUCCCUUCUUCCCAAUCGGACCAUUUCAUAAACAUAGCGACGAUCUUCUGUCGAAGAGCAAAGAAGACAAUGUAACAACUGAUUGGCUCAACAAGCAAGACCCGAAGUCAGUGGUCUAUGCGAGUUUUGGAAGCCUUGCGGCUAUAGAAGAGAAGGAGUUUCUCGAGAUUUCUUGGGGUCUAAGAAACAGCGAACAGCCAUUCUUGUGGGUGGUUAGGCCCGGGAUGGUCCGAGGGACUGAGUGGCUCGAGUCAUUGCCUUGUGGAUUUAUGGAAAGCAUUGGACAUAAAGGGAAAAUUGUGAAAUGGGCGAAUCAAUUAGAGGUGUUGGCGCAUCCUGCGGUUGGAGCGUUUUGGACGCAUUGUGGAUGGAACUCGACGCUAGAAAGCAUAUGUGAAGGUGUUUCAAUGAUAUGUACUCCGUGUUUUACGGACCAGCUUGUGAACGCGAGGUACGUUGUUGAUGUAUGGCGAGUCGGGAUGAUGUUAGAGAGGAGUAAGAUGGAUAAGAGAGAGAUUGAGCAGGUAGUAAGAAGUGCAUUGACAUAUAAAGGAGAUGGGAUGAGAGAGAGGUCCUUGGACUUGAAAAAAAGGGCUGACAUUGGCUUAGGUAAAGAUGGGUCUUCGUCAAACUAUUUAGACAAACUUGUGAGACAUGUCUUGUCUUUUGAUUCAUAUGCUUUUGCAAGUUAGAAAAAAAUUACAAAGUAGCAAUGUUUUAAGCUCUCAUCAAACUUUUGGAUGUUCUGUUUUUUUUUUUUUCCCUUCUCUUGAAAUAAUAAUGUUGGUUGUGUUAGUUCAUCCUUGUGAAAAUGAGUAUUACAUUUAGGGAUGGCAAAAUUAAUCAAACCAAAGAUGAUUUGAAUGUUAAAACUUAAAACCAAAUUGAUCCGGCUAUAUUGUUUCUUUCUAAAUCGAAUCGUGACAUUAACCAAAUAAAACUGAAACUGAGAUUCUAACGUUUGAAUCAACCGUAUACAACACAAACCAAUAUCUAUAGUUAAUACUAUCUCACCAUCUAUAAUACUUUCUAUUUUGUAUCUUUGGUCUCUAAUUAUACUGGAGUUUUCUUAUCAUUUUUUUUCCCAUUAUGGUCGGGUCCCCAAGCCUACGUAAUCCCAUUAUCAAAACUUGGAGAGUCGUGCUCGAGUAACCUGCUUGCCCAAGUGGUUCUUGAUCGGCGGUGUAGUAAAAUUUAAACACAUAUCAACAACAAAUCAAACAUAUUCUCAAACUUUCCAAUAUUAAAAAAAAGGAAAACAAAAGAAGUAAAAAUGGAAGAGAGAAAAGGGAGGAGAAUAAUCAUGUUCCCUUUACCGUUUGCAGGACACAUCAACCCAAUGAUCAAACUCGCCGGGAUAUUCCACCACCGUGGCUUCUCCGUCACGAUACUACACACCUCCUUUAACUCUCCCGAUCCUUCUUACUACCCACAGUUCACUUUUCGAACCAUCCAUCACAACAACGAAGGAAAAGAAGAAGACCCUCUGUCCCCACAGGAUUCGGGCAUGGACCUCGUCGCCUUCAUUCGUCAGCUGAGACAAAGUUACGCCGAGCCGUUUCGUGAGUCUCUGGCGGCGGAAGUAGGCGGAGGAGAUACGGUGUAUUGUUUGGUCUCCGACGUUGUUUGGGGGAGGAACACGGAGGUGGCAGCGGAAGAGGUUGGAAUUCAUAGAAUGGUGUUGAGCACAAGUGGUGCGGCGUCAUUUUGUGCUUAUGCCGCUUACCCUCUCCUUCGAGAUAAGGGUUACAUCCCUAUUAAAGAUUCUAGAUUAGAUGAGCUGGUGACAGAGCUUCCACCUUUAAAAGUAAAGGAUCUUCCGGUAAUGGAAACGAAUGAGCCGGAGGAACUAUUCCGGGUGGUUAACAACAUGGUGAAAGGAGCCAAGUCUUCUUCAGGGGUCAUAUGGAACACAUUCGAAGAUUUUGAAAGACCCUCGCUUAUGGAUUUGAACAGCAAGUUAAAAGUUCCGAUCUUCCCUAUUGGACCGUUUCACAAACAUAGCGACAACUUUUCACCAUCGACAAAGAGCACAGAAGACAAUGUAACAACCGACUGGCUCAACAAGAAAAACCCGCAGUCUGUGGUAUACGUGAGUUUUGGAAGCCUUGCGGAUAUAGAAGAGAAGGAGUUUCUCGAUAUUGCUUGGGGUCUAAGAAACAGCGAGCAGCCGUUCUUGUGGGUGGUUAGGCCGGGGCUGGUACGAGGGACCGAGUGGCUCGAGUCAUUGUCUUGUGAAUUUAUGGAUAACAUUAGUCAUAAGGGGAAAAUUGUGAAGUGGGUGAAUCAGUUAGAGGUAUUGGCGCAUCCUGCGGUUGGAGCGUUUUGGACACACUGUGGAUGGAACUCGACACUAGAGAGCAUUUGUGAAGGUGUUCCAAUGAUAUGUACGCCCUGCUUCACGGACCAGCAUGUGAACGCGAGAUACAUCGUUGAUGUAUGGAAAGUCGGGAUGAUGUUAGAGAGAAGUAAGAUGGAUAGGAAGGAGAUUGAGAAGGUAAUAAGAAGUGUAAUGAUAGAGGAAGGAGAUGGAAUAAGAGAGAUGUGUUUGAAGUGGAAAGAGCGAGCUAACGUUUGCUUAAGUAAAGAUGGCUCUUCUUCCACGUAUUUAGAAAAACUUGUGAGUCAUGUCCUGUCUUUUGAUUCAUAUGCUUUUGCAAGUUAGAACAUUUUAAUGAGCUACGUACGUAAGUGUAACUGGAACAUUA